AGUCCCGGCGCUGCCCGGUGGCGCCGGGGACUGUGCGCUGCGGUUAAUCUCGGGCUCUGCCGCUGCAGUGGGUCCGGGAGAAGCGACCAUGUCCAUCGCCUCCUCCAACACCUCCAUGAGGGUGCCCGCCGGCUUCCGGAACCUGCUGGAGGGGCUAGCACGAGAAGUGCUGCGGGAGCAGCCCACCAACGUGGUGGCCUUUGCAGCUCAGCACUUCCAAAAGCUGCUGGAGCAGAGAGAGGCUGGUGGCAUUGACCCGGUGGCGUGGGGAGCCAUGCUGGAGGACGACUGUCUCACCUGGCCCCCUUCCCAGGAGGGAGCCUGCACAAAGCUGGACGAGGACAUCCUGGACAUCCCUUUGGACGAUCCUGAUGCCAACGCGGCAGCUGCCAAGAUCCAGGCUAGUUUCCGUGGCCAUAUGACCCGCAAGAAGAUCAAAGGGGGUGAGAUUGAUCGGAAAACCAAGGACGCCGAGUGCGCCAACAGCACCCGCGGCGGCGACCUCCGCAACGGCGACUAGCAACACCACCCCGAGCGCCUC